AUGGGGAACACGCUGACCUGUUGCGUGUCCCCCAAUGCCAGCCCCAAGUUGGGCCGGCGCGCGGGGCCGGCGGAGCCAGACUACGAGUCUGAGGUUCACGAGGCGGCGGCCGGAGACGCGGUGGCAGUAGCACCGGCGCCGGCUGCCGUGGAACCCACCGAGUUGGAUUUCGGAGCGGGUGAAGGCCACCACCUGCAGCACAUCAGCGACCGGGAGAUGCCCGAAGACUUAGCUUUGGAAUCAAACCCAUCUGACCACCCAAGGGCAAGCACAAUUUUCCUGAGCAAAUCUCAAACGGACGUGCGAGAAAAGAGGAAGAGCAACCAUUUAAACCAUGUAUCUCCAGGGCAGCUUACUAAAAAGUAUAGCUCAUGCUCAACCAUAUUUCUAGAUGACAGCACAGUCAGCCAGCCUAAUCUUAGAACCACAAUAAAAUGUGUGACCUUAGCAAUAUAUUACCACAUAAAGAACAGAGAUGCCAAUAGAUCCUUGGAUAUUUUUGAUGAGAGAUCACAUCCACUCACACGAGAGAAGGUUCCAGAGGAGUACUUUAAGCAUGACCCUGAACACAAGUUCAUUUACAGAUUUGUUCGUACUCUUUUCAGUGCUGCACAACUGACUGCCGAAUGUGCAAUAGUGACUUUGGUUUACUUAGAAAGGCUUUUAACUUAUGCUGAGAUCGACAUUUGCCCCACUAACUGGAAAAGAAUUGUUUUGGGAGCCAUUCUUCUUGCCUCCAAGGUUUGGGACGAUCAGGCUGUUUGGAAUGUGGACUACUGCCAGAUCCUCAAGGACAUUACAGUUGAGGACAUGAAUGAGAUGGAAAGGCACUUUCUGGAGCUCCUUCAGUUUAAUAUUAACGUUCCCGCCAGUGUUUAUGCCAAAUACUACUUUGACCUUCGCUCCUUAGCAGAUGACAACAACCUGAAUUUUCUAUUUGCUCCUCUUAGCAAAGAAAGAGCACAGAACCUAGAGGCCAUCUCCAGAUUGUGUGAAGACAAAUACAAAGACUUAUGCAGAGUUGCUGUGAGAAGGUCUUUCAGCGCUGAUAAUUUCAUUGGUAUUCAGCGCUCCAACGCCAUCCUCUCAUAAACAGAGAGAGGUGAGGGGUUGUAACAUCAUGAACCCCUUGUAACAAUGACUGGAGAAAUACCACCUCUCCUACUCAGAAACCAGCAAAGUUAGUAUUUCACCUAACAGAAAGACACUGAAUUCAAGAGACUCACGGACAGCAAAGAUUAUGGUCAUAGGAAAAAACUGGACCUUGUCAAUGCAACACACUCUUCUGUCCUUUCUAAUGUAAACAGAGUUACAAAAACCACUCCAAAGCUAAAAGCUCCCAACCCACCCACAGAUAUUUGCUUACUAUGUAGGCCGAUAACUGUGAACUAUGUGAGGGUUUUUUUUUAAUAGUUUAAAUUUUUAGACUUUAAAGACACUAACUAUAGAACUUUUACUUUUUCCUAUUUUUCUUGCCCAUAUUGCUGCAUAUUCCUUUAGAAUCAAUGCAGUAUUACUAUUCAAACAUGGGACUCCUAACAACUCAUAAAGCCACCUAGGAACAGACUGUUGUAGCAUUGUUAGGUUUUGAAGGAUUCUUCCUCCCUACUAUUUCAUUGAAGCUGCUAGUCAUUUUUGGCAAUCAGUUUAAACCAAAAAGCUGCUGAAUAACACUUGUCAUUCAGAUUUUUUGCAAGCACUACUUAUUAGCAUAUUAGCAUGUUUGGGAUCAUAAGCAGAAAGUAUGUUGUUACCUACAUCUAUUGGGUCCGUGCUGCGUUUCUUAACUCUAAUGGUGCUUCUCAUUUUCUGAUGAUUUUCCUCUUUGUUAAAUACUUGUAUCAAAGGAUAUUUUCAUAAUUCCAGCCAACCUGUUAGCCCAGGAAUAAGCAGAUAGUGAAAUAGAAGGUGUCCCGAAAGUCUUGGUGCAAUUUUAAGCUUUAAUACAGUGUGCUUGGAUGCUCCAAGACACUGCUGCAGAAGUAUAAAUGCUACAGACACAAAACAUCACUUGAAAGUGUACUUGAAUUUCUUCUAAACUCAUUUAAUUUUGUAAAUCUUAGAUGUUAAGCUUUUGAUUUUAAUUUUUUGUUUCAGCCCCUCUUGACGAUGGCAAACAAUGGGCUGAAACAAAAAAUUAAAAUUAAGAGCUUAAUGUUUAAAAUUUACAAAACAAUGAAUUUAGAAGAAAUUCAAGUAAACUCUCAGGUGAUGUUUUAUAAGUUUGUAGCAUUUAUACUUCUACAAGUAUCAGAGCUUCAAAUUGCACAGAGACUUCAGGAGGAUAUCUUGUAUCUUUAUAGACCUGGCCGCCUCUUUUUAAAAUAGUCCUUUGCCUGGCUGGGCUGUUUCUCUGCUUGAGCACCUAAGUUUCUUUUUUCUAGGUUUGGUAAAGGAAUUGUGAACAGUAGCAUUAAUUCUCCUGUAAUAAAUUGGAAGGAAUUGGACCCUAAUAGUAGUGAUAGGAAAGUGAGUGAUGUGAAACAGCGUUUCUAUGCUGUGUGUUGACCUGGCUGUAGGUGUGUUCUGUUACUUGAGGAAAGAUAAAUCUUAGGAACCCUUACCUCAGGCUGUUUAAAACACAGGGUACCACUUAGCCACCAGGAAGCCCAUUUAAAAGACAGGGAGGUCCAGUAAUCAGUCUUUUAGGAAAUUGGUAAUGAUGUCACCUAAACUUGAAACAUUAAAAGAAAAAAAAAAGUGUUCUCAGCUAUGUAAAGUCUUUCUCCUCCCACCUUCUCAAAUGUAAUCCUAGGAAUUUUGCCUGUAAACAAAGCAUUUCUGGGCCAGAAAUACUUUCUCUCUUUAUAGCAAGGCUUUGCAUUAUAUUGAGUGCCACAGGUUCCAUCAUUUUUAAAGGACAGAGACAUAAAUGAUAAAUAAUGGAUAUAAAAUAUUACAAUCUAC